GGGAUUUUUAGGGAUAAGGUACAAUGGAGGCCAAGAGCAUCAUAGAUUGAGUUAGAACUCAAACCUCUUAUGUGCACUUUAGAAAUAGACUUUAGGGGUCAACACAAACCUGAUGAGAGACACACACCCAUGCACAGGUGAAACACAUACUCACAAACUCAACCUGCAAUUAUGCACCUCUGCAGUACAUUUAAUCUGACACAGUCCCUGUCUUCCUUGAGGUCACAGCUCAGAGGUGCAUAGUGGCCUCAGGAAAAGAGUCCCAACCCUGAGGGACCCCAGAACAUUUUCAUGGUGCUCCAGUCCACCAACCUUACACCUGGGGUGGCCCAAAUGCCAUCCCAGCCCCAGAUGUCUUCUAGCACAAGAAAUCCCAGGAGAAGAAGAGAUGGCUGGACACUGGUCAGUCAGAUGGUCCCAGACAGACGUUGGAGGAGUCCUGCUGUCAUUAUGGAGAAAGGAAACACACAAUUUCAUCACUUUGUGAUGGGGCACUACUGACUCUAGCAGGGAGGAGACCAGGGAAUAGGGCAGACACCUGCCUCUCAGGCUGCCCCAAAACUUCUCUUGCUUGGCUUUACAAAUCGCUAUGAGCCAUCCUCUGAGGGAUAAACAGCAGGUGAUGCGGGGGAGGGGGUUGUAUUGCUCUCAGGGGAGGGUUUAAUAGGCUAGACAUAAAUCCUAACUUGGGCUAUUCUUUAUAAAAUGAUUUUAAAGGCCAGGGGCAUGUGUGGUGGGGGGCGGGAGGGGGGAGGGUCUUAAAUCAGACCACCGACCAGCUGCUCUCUCCUGUCUCAUUCCUGUGUGGAGACCCAGGUUUUCAGCCCAGCAACCCAUGAGCAUCAAAAGGAUCACAGCCCCCACUCUGAGCAGCCCCCAGGGAGGCUUGCGAGUUGCUCCUCAGAAACCCCCACAGGAGUCUCAAACUAAGCUCCACAGCAGAUGUUCUGGAUGGAGAACUUUCCCCACAAAAUGAUACCCAUGGGGGGCAUUUAGAUUGAAAGGCCGCAUCUGGGAGAGGAAGGUGCUUGUCCCUGAGCUCCCCAGAGGGGAGUCAGCAUGUCCACCAGAGACUCUUUCAGAGCUGCUGGCUGCCUCCACUUCCUGACCCCUCCUAGACCCCAAAGUCUCCGUCUGCGCUCCCUCCCCUUCUCCAUCCUGUAGUGGCGCUUGCUGCAGCCCUCCCUGGUUGCUUUAUUUAUUUAUUUUGCACCAACAGGGUUGCUGCAGACUCAUUCUCGCCUGGUUUAAAAAGAGAGAGAGGAAAAAAAAAAAAAAAAGGAGAAAUGCUUUCUGGCUCUUUUCUCUACCUCAGUCUUGGCAGCAGCGGCCACAGCAGCAACAGCAGCCCCAGCGGGCAGGCGGGCGGGAGGGCGGCGGGGCAGCGGGCAGUGAGGGGAGUGAGGCCCGGCAGCCCGGGGUGCAGCUUGAAUGAGACGGCCCCCAGCCCUGGACAGAGGCAGUGUCCAACUUGAUGCCACCCUCCAGCUUCUCCGGUAAGUGCCCCCACCUCCUGUCCCAAAGCUGCAGCUGUCCUUCUCUACAAUAUUCUCAGAGACAAGGCCAGACCAGCGUCCCUUUCAGGCUAAAGGGUUUGCGCUCCUCCUGCCCCUCCCCCCUGCCCCACCCCACCCCACCCCACCCAGCCAUUGAUCCUGGCCCCACCGGACUUUGAUGGGAAAACUAAAAUGUCCCAGACACCUCUAUGGGGAAGGACUCUAAAGAGACCUCCCUCCGUCUCCCCAGGGCUUCCUCUACCUCUGGGAAGGGUUUCUCCACUAUCAGUAUGGAAAUUCCAGAAAUCCUUCCCCUAAAAGCCCCCUCCCCACGCAAGUCCCCAUGUCUCCAGUCAGGUCUGCUUUAAAGGUUCAUAUGUGUCUCUGGAUUGCCACAUAGAGACAAGAAGAAAGCUUCCUACUCCUUGAGGGGUUGAUGCCCGAGACCCCACCCCAUCUAAAGAAAGAAGUGGUUCUGACACCCAUUUCUUCCGGCAAAGUGGCUGGAAGCCAGUCUUGUAGCCAUGGAGACUGGCGAGGGAAGUUUGGGAUUAAAUUAGCCACGUUAUAAAUAAAGAAAAGGGGUUGUCCCUAGAUCCCCCAGCCCCUGGGCCAGCAGGCUUUGGGGACUAAGAGGAAACUGACAGAAGGGGGAGGGAGGGAAGCUGGGUUACAUGCUUCAGUGCACUUUUGCUGAGUGCAGAGCACAAAGGAGGAGCAGUAGCUGCAGCGGUAGUGAUAAAGAGCUAGCUGUCGAGUGGACUUCCCAGAACAGGAGUAGGGACAACGAGGGAGACUGGGACACGUCUGUCCCUGGAGAACUCUCAGCAUGCCAGAGAUACCUGCCAGGUCGGUCUAGGGACAAGAGGAGCCUGGUCAGCUGCCUUUGCCCGCCCCGCACCAUUCUCUCUCCUCCCAAGCCUCAGGAUGGUGUCCUACAUCCCUCUGCUCUCCGGGCCUCUUUGCUCUCUGGUUUCCCGCUACUACAGCGGGAGAGGCGCCUGAACAACUCUUCUAGAGGAGGGGUGCAGAUCCUCACUCCAAUCAGGAUCCAGGGAUGUGAUCCCCCUCCCCCGACCCCGCAAUGGGAAGAAGUCACACCACCUCGUAAAGUUCCACGUGGGAGAAAAUGGGGCGUGUGACAGAAAGCUGACCCUUCAGGGCACAGACAGCCUGAAGCCCCAAAGGCCAUCUGGAUCUGCAGCUAGAAAGAAACCCAGGCAUCCUGCCUCCUAGGGAGCAUCACUUACCUCUUGGUCCCAACACCUCCCCUCCAUGGUUCAAUGCCCUGUUGACAUUUAACACGGUGAGGUGAGAGUGAGUUCACCACCUAUGGGGCCCCUUCUCCUCUGUCACCUCGACCAGUCCCCAGUGGCCAUGAUACCUGCCAUUAUCCUGAUUCUGCCCAGGCCCUUGGUUCCCAGAAACCCACUUGCAGUCUACAUGCUUUGCACAUGGCCUGUGCCCAGAGAUCAGCUGUGCCAGCCAAGGGCUCCCUUGCUCCCCACCCACACCAUCUGGCCAGGUGCUGUCUCUCCUCCUUGUCUGUGCCUCCCUGGCUCACAGUCUGUCUCUUGUGUAUUGUUUGGGGACAAGAGAUCUCCCUCAGAUUCCCACGCUGGACGAAAUCAAAACACUAUCGAGGAGGGAUAUAACAGGAGCCUGAGCCUGAGGACCAAGCAAUAACACUCAAAACCCAGGCAUCCCUUGGGUCCCUCACACACCACAGUGUCAUCUAUAGGGGCUGCGCAUAGGGUUCUCAUGAGGGACUCGGGUGCCCCCCGGUAGCCUGUGCCAUGGCUAACGUGUUGCUUGGCUGUCAUCCACACAGGCAUUCAGGGAGAUUGGGUCUUGCUAAUUCAGGGCCCCAGGCCCUGGGCCAGGCUCCAGAAGGGCAGAGGGGCAGUAGGUGGAGUCCAGGGCACAGAGCUGAGCAUACUUCCCAGCCCUGGAGGACUUCGUCAAGGACUGAAGAGGGGAAGGCUAUGGGUCCAGCUCCAAAGCAAGCCUGGCCCCCAUGGCCCCCUCUCCUGUUCCUGCUCCUCCUGUCUGGAGGCAGUUGUGGUGGGUGCCCUGCUGUGUGUGACUGUGCCUCCCAGCCCCGGGCAGUGCUCUGCCCCCUUCGGCGACUGGAGGCUGUGCCUGGGGGACUCCCGGCGGACACUGAGCUCCUGGACCUAAGUGGAAAUCGCCUGUGGGGGCUUCAGCGCGGAAUGCUCUCCCGCCUGGGCCUGCUCCAGGAACUGGACCUCAGCUACAACCAGCUGUCCACCCUUGAGCCUGGGGCCUUCUAUGGCCUCCAAAGCCUCCUGACCCUGAGGCUGCAGGGCAACCGGCUGCGAAUCAUGGGGCCUGGGGUCUUUUCAGGCCUGUCUGCCCUCACGCUGCUCGACCUCCGCCUCAACCACAUUGUCCUCUUCCUUGACGGAGCCUUUGGGGAGCUGGGCAGCCUCCGGCAGCUGGAGGUGGGGGACAACCACCUGGUGUUCGUGGCUCCAGGGGCGUUGGCAGGGCUGGCCCAGCUGAGCACCCUCACCCUGGAACGCUGCAACCUCAGCACAGUGCCCGGCCUGGCCCUGGCCCGCCUCCCGGCACUAGUGGCCCUGAGGCUUCGAGAACUGGAUAUUGGGAGGCUGCCAGCUGGGGCACUACGGGGGCUGGGGCAGCUAAAGGAGCUGGAGAUCCACUCCUGGCCAUCUCUGGGGGCUCUGGAGCCUGGGAGCCUGGCUGGGCUCAAUCUCAGCAACCUGGCCAUCACCCGCUGCAAUCUGAGCGCAGUACCCUGCCAAGCGCUCCGCCACCUGAGCUUCCUCAGGGUCCUGGAUCUGUCUCAGAACCCCAUCUCAGCCAUCCCCGCCCGAAGCCUCAGUCCCCUGGUGCGGCUGCAGGAGCUCCGGCUGGCGGGAGCGUGCCUCACCUCCAUUGCCGCCCACGCCUUCCACGGCCUGACCGCUUUCCACCUCCUGGACGUGGCAGAUAAUGCCCUUCAGACGCUGGAGGAAACGGCCUUCCCUUCCCCAGACCAACUAGUCACCCUGCGGCUGUCAGGUAACCCCCUGACAUGUGACUGCCGCCUCCUCUGGCUGCUCCGGCUGCGCAGGCGCCUGGACUUCGGUGCGGCACCCCCUGCCUGUGCCAGCCCCCGGCACAUGCAGGGCAAGAGCCUGAGGGAGUUCUCAGACAUCCUGCCUCCAGGGCACUUCACUUGCCAACCGGCCCUGAUCCGAAAGUCUGGGCCGCGAUGGGUCAUCGCAGAGGAGGGGGGGCAGGCCGUUUUCUCCUGCUCCGGAGACGGAGACCCAGCGCCCACGGUCUCUUGGAGGAGGCCUCAGGGCCCUUGGCUGGGAAGGGCUGGGCGAGUGAGGGUCCUGGAGGAUGGGACGCUGGAGAUCCGUUCGGUGCAGCUGCAGGACAGAGGGGCCUAUGUCUGUGUGGUCAGCAAUGUUGCUGGGAAUGACUCCCUGAGGACCUGGCUCGAAGUACUCCAAGUUGAACCACCAAAUGGCACUCUCUCUGACCCUAACAUCACCACGCCAGGGAUCCCAGGGCCCUUCUUCCUGGAUAGCAGAGGCGUAGCUAUGGUGCUAGCAGUUGGCUUCCUCCCCUUCCUCACCUCGGUGACCCUCUGCUUUGGUCUCAUUGCCCUCUGGAGCAAGGGCAAAGGCCGGGUCAAACAUCACAUGACCUUUGACUUUGUGGCACCUCGGCCCUCAGGGGAUAAGAACUCGGGGGGUAACCGGGUCACCGCCAAGCUCUUCUGACCUUUACUUCCACAUCGGAGCUCCAGCCAAGACAGCUUCGGAUACCAAAAGGGAAGAAAACCAAGGUUGCUUGAACCAGAAUCUAGGCCCACCCCCGCCUGCAUCGUGCCAACAGCUAAUGACGCCUCUCAAGAAGGUCUGCCUCCCCCCUGCUUUUGCAGUUUGAGGAUGGGAGCAGAAGCUGUAGACCUGUAGUCAGUCUAGCCCUCCCCGCACCCCCCUCCACCAAGCAGGAAACAUCCCCAAGGCUCCAGUCUACUUGUUCACACACACUGACACCCUUUAACAACCAGUACCAAUUGCUAACCACAGCUAUGAGAUUAUUGCAGAGGUGAGGCUGAGAAGCGCCGCUUGCUUCUCAACCAUGCAGUCUACCUCUCUUUUCUGGUCUCUUUUCUGCUCCUCCCCAGGAGCAAGGAACUAGGGCCAAGGAUCUCAGGCUCAGAAGAUGUAAGUGUACAAUGCAGGGGGGUGGGGGGGG